AGAACUAGUUAGGUCCAGCAAAGCAAUACGUGCAGUCGUUCUAAUAUAUAUAAUAAAUUUUAAUCAAGGAAUUAUUUAUUAUAAUAAUGUAUUUAUUCAAAAUUAUUUAUAGCGAAUAAUAUAUGUGUUUUGUUAUUUGACGGCUAUUAAUAACAUUCAAGAAUCUAUAUUUUUUUAUAAUCAUGGCCUCAGGUAAUUUUUUAACGGUUAAAACUCAUUUAUCGGAGUUUAAAAAUAAUUCGGACAAGGAUACAAUAAGUGAGGCGUCAGAAAGCGGCACGAGCAACUCUACGUCAGCUGAAGACCUCCAAAAACUCGCUGUGAUUCUCGGCUUGAAUAGCGUCGAAGAUGUAUACCAAGAACGAUUCCGUGUUGACAGACGCCGGUUGGAGACAAUGCUGGCUGAUAAUUUGGACGAAUCUCAAACGGCGCAAGCUUUCUUCCACCGGAUAAUGAAUGACACUAACACAUUGAUCAACUGGCCAACGCGUUUAAAAAUCGGAGCCCGCUCAAAAAAAGAUCCUCACGUGAGAGUGGCAGGCAGGGUCGAUGAUGUGAAAUUAGCAAGAGAAAAGAUUAUGCAGUUGCUGGACACGCGGAGCAACCGUGUGACGAUGAAGAUCGACGUCAGCUACACGGACCACUCCCACAUCAUCGGAAAGGGAGGACUAACAAUAAAGCGCGUAAUGGAGGAGACCGGCUGCCAUAUCCACUUCCCGGAUUCAAACCGGACCAGCGCCAUCGAGAAGAGCAACCAAGUUUCUAUCGCCGGAGAUAUGGAGCGUGUGGAGAGGGCUCGGGCUCGUGUUCGGGCGCUGACUCCACUGGUGUUCUGCUUCGAGUUGCCGAUAGUGGCGCCAUCUCAGCCGCUGCCCGACAUCAACUCUCCAUACGUGCAGCAGAUACAAGAACAAUACAAUGUGCAGGUCAUGCUCCGCAACCGUCCCAAGCUCCACGCAAAUCUUCUAGUGGUAAAGGGAGUACAGUGGGAGGUGCAGGCCACCAUGGAAGCGACGGGGCUGCUCAUGAACUACAUGUGCGGUCAGCUCGCGAGCCAAACCCACGUCCAGAUGUCGCUAGAAAUCUCUCCGAUCCACCACAGCGUGGUCGUAGGCCGCGGCGCCGAGCAACUCAAGGUCAUCAUGAAGGGAACCAACACACAAAUCAUGUUCCCUGACGCUGAUGACCCCAACAUACCUGUGAUCAAGAAGAGCUGCGUCACUAUAACGGGACAAAUUAAGGAUGUUUACACGGCGCGGCAGCAGCUUGUGGGAAGCCUGCCCCUGGUAGUGAUCUUCGACGUUCCCGAGGAAGCUUGCCGCCUGGAUCCCGACGCUGCCGUCAAACUGAUGCACAAAUACAACGUCUACAUCAACAUCCGCCGCAAACCGAAGCAGGGCAUCGCGUCCGUUGUCAUCAAGGGCAUUGAGAGAUGUGCAGGUGACCUGUACGAAGCACGCAGAGAGCUGCUCGGUGGUAAGGAGCCCGUCAUCACGGCAGAGAUCCCGGAAUCCUAUAGCGUCCCGGCCUUGCCUUCCAUGCCGUUCGUAUACACGUCAUUCUCGCCGUCGCACCCGACCGUCACCAACUCCCCGUGCUCCCCAUACAACCUGCAGCUGUCCGAGAUGACCAACUACGCCAGCCCCAUGUUCCAGACACCCACCCCUGGAGGCUACCCCAGCCCACUGUCGCCGGUAGCGAUCACACCGCCAGUCUACCCGAACACCUGGCUGAUACCGUCCCCUCAGCCCCGGCCCGGGCAGUUCCACUACCCCAGCAUGGUCAACAUGUACAAGAACAACGCUUGGAACCCGAUGUCAAACGGUCCGGACAUGGGCAGCAUGCAGCCACCAAUGAUGUUGCAGCCCACAUAUCAGCAAAUGCCCGAGGGUAGACAUACUACGCUGAGCCAGCUCCUGAACUCAAGCUCGCAGGCGAGCAGCGGAUACCAGAGCAAUUUCACCGGAAGCUCUGUGUCCUUGGAUACGCAGAAUAUUUCCGGUGGCGACGGCAGCAACAUAGCGUCUCCGUCCGUGUCUCCGAUCAGCAAGGGUCACAGCCCCGCGCCUUCCUCCGACACGGAUCGCUCUCAACAAGAAAUAGCGAGCAUAAUCUCGGAUCUGCCUCUGUCGGAGCGGCGCGCGCCGGGCUGCGAGAAGAAGACCCUCGAGACUCUCGGCAAGCUGUCGCCCCUCACCGAGUAUCGCAAGAUGAAGGCCGAGGCUAGCAAGGCCAUGCAAGAGAAAGUGGGCAGCAACUACCGCAUGCCGACACCGCGCUGGUCGGGAUACUACUUCAGCCACACCUCCCCCGGACCUAUUAAUUUGAAGGAAGAGAUGACCACUACUCCUGAAAAAGGCUGGAACAGGUCGGAGCUCGUGCGGCCCAACAUCAUGGAGAAACCCUCGCCACCUCAAGCGACCCAGGGUGCCGGGAAACCUUGCCGUUACCAGCAAUUGUAUGAGCUGCUUCGAGAGAUAGGACUGCAUAAAUACAUUGAUUUGUUCAAGAAACAUGAGCUAGACAUGUCUACGUUUGCGUCUCUGAACGAGGCAGACCUGACCGAGAUUGGCGUCACCGCCUUUGGUGCUCGCAGGAAGAUGCUGCUAAUCAUCGCAGAGCUGCAACAACAAGCGAGCGUGUUCAAAGGUUCGGCCGCCCCCGGCGCCGAGCGCAAGCUCAUCGCCUCCCCGCCCUACAACACCACCACCCUCACACAGGACAAGUGGUAGC